UGCUGGCUGCAGGCGCCAAGCAGCUUCGCCCUUUUUUUGUUUCCAUCUCCUCCGAUCAUCAUCCUCACCUAAUUCCUCCCCGUUGUUUCUCGUCCUAGGAAAUAGGAAAAACAAAUCAUGCCGUCACCUAAUAAACUGCAACCACAAUUUGUACUACUCAUGUCCUCCCUAUAUAGUCCUUCCCCUCCCCCAUAUUGUAUCACCCCCGGCCGGCCGUGCUAGCUAGCUGCAGCCACAGCCCACAGCUAUCGAUCGCGCCUCCGGCGGACAUCCUCGGCAUCGGCGAUCGGAGACUUGAAGAGACGGCCGGGGAUAAUGGAGGCGCCGCCGGGUCUUGCGCUGCUCCUGUUCUUCGGCACGUUGCUGGUGCUGCCGCAGUCGUCGCACGGCGCGACAAGAUACUACACCUUCAAUGUGACGAUGCAGAACGUGACGCGGCUGUGCACCACCCGCGCCAUCCCGACGGUGAACGGCAAGUUCCCCGGCCCCAAGAUCGUCACCAGGGAGGGCGACCGCGUCAUCGUCAAGGUGGUUAACAAUGUCAAGGACAACGUGACCAUCCACUGGCACGGCGUUCGGCAGCUUCGGACGGGGUGGUCGGACGGGCCGGCGUACGUGACGCAGUGCCCGAUCCGGACGGGGCAGAGCUUCGUGUACAACUUCACCAUCACGGGGCAGCGGGGCACCCUCUUGUGGCACGCGCACGUCUCCUGGAUGCGCGCCACGCUCUACGGGCCCAUCGUCAUCCUCCCCAAGCGCGGCGUGCCCUACCCCUUCCCGGUUAAGCCCUACAAGGAAGUACCCAUCAUCUUCGGAGAGUGGUUCAACGUGGAUCCCGAGGCAAUCAUCGCACAGGCCCUGAAGACCGGAGCAGGCCCAAACAUUUCAGAUGCCUUCACCAUCAACGGCCUUCCGGGCCCGUUGUACAACUGCUCAAGCAAAGACACGUUCAAGCUGAAGGUGCAGCCCGGCAAGUGGUACCUGCUCCGGCUCAUCAACGCGGCGCUCAACGAGGAACUCUUCUUCUCCAUCGCCAACCACACGCUCACCGUCGUCGACGUCGACGCCGCCUACGUCAAGCCCUUCCACACGGACAUCGUCCUCAUCACGCCGGGCCAGACCAGCAACGUGCUCCUCCGCGCCGAGCCGGACGCCGGCUGCCCCGCGGCCACGCACCUCAUGCUGGCGCGCCCCUACAGCACGGGCCAGCCGGGCACCUUCGACAACACCACCGUCGCCGCCGUGCUCGAGUACGCGCCGCCGGGCCACAUCAAGAGCCUCCCGCUCCUCCGGCCGCCGCUCCCCGGGCUCAACGACACGGCGUUCGCGGCCAACUACAGCGCCAGGCUCCGGAGCCUGGCCACCCCGGAGUACCCGGCCAACGUGCCCCGCGCCGUCGACCGCUCCUUCUUCUUCACCGUGGGGCUCGGCACCAACCCGUGCCCGGCGAACCGGACGUGCCAGGGCCCCAACGGGAGCAUGUUCACGGCCUCCAUGAACAACGUGUCCUUCGACAUGCCCACCACCGCGCUCCUGCAGACGCACUACGGCAACAUCGCCGGCGUGUACACCGCCGACUUCCCCGCCGCGCCGCUGGAGCCGUUCAACUACACGGGCGCGCCGCCCAACAACACCCACGUCUCCAACGGGACCAAGGUGGUGGCGCUGCAGUACAACACCAGCGUGGAGGUGGUGCUGCAGGGCACCAGCAUCCUCGGCGCCGAGAGCCACCCGCUGCACCUGCACGGCUUCGACUUCUUCGUGGUCGGGCAGGGCUUCGGGAACUACGACUCGUCCAAGGACCCGGCCAAGUUCAACCUCGUCGACCCUGUGCAGCGGAACACCGUCGGCGUGCCAGCCGGUGGCUGGGUAGCCAUAAGGUUCUUCGCUGAUAAUCCCGGUGUCUGGUUCAUGCAUUGCCAUCUGGAGGUGCACACGAGCUGGGGGUUGAAGAUGGCAUGGGUAGUCAACGACGGCCCGCUGCCUGAGCAGAAGUUGAUGCCUCCGCCAGCUGAUCUUCCCAAGUGUUGAAGAUCGAUCGGGCAUAGUUGUGCACGCGUGAAACCUUGGUGGCCACGGCCAGGCGGUUGCGCAAGCUUGGACACUUGCGCGCGUGGAAAGGAAUGCGAGGGAUUGCGCGGGCCGGUCCCGCGGGUCAGCGAGGCAAGGCGGCAGGACUGGAAGCCCGGCAGGCUUUAAGAAUUAUAAGAGGCGUGAGCUUGUCGGCUGGACGUUUCCCUCGUAAGAGAAGAUUUAAAUGUGAUACAAUAUCAGUCUCAGGAGACUGAUAACACAUUUAUUAUAUCAAAUGAUAUAUCACCGUACAA